UAGAUCACGGAAACUAGUUAACAGAAACCAAUACUAAAUCUUCUUCUUAAUCAGUACACUAUAUAUAGUUAAUUGUCAUCAAUCUCGUUGACUUAUUAAUAUGGGAAUAUCUUGUUUGCAUAUUCCUUUUUCGUUUUUUCAAACCUCACCCUUAAUUCACCCUAUAUAUACAUACGAUAAAGCUCAAACUAAAGAUAUAGAAAUAUAUUUAUAGUAAGAAUAAAAAAAGCAGGAUAAGAUGGACAGUGUAACAUGGCGCAGUGUUAUUUUAAUCAUGGUUAUGGUUGUAUUGAAAUCAUCAUCAAAUGUUGUUGAAGGAGGUUUUACAAGUAGUUUUAUUAGGAAAACUGAGAAAACAAUUGAUAUGCCUAUGGAUUCUGAUGUUUUUUCUACCCCUCCUGGCUAUAAUGCACCUCAACAGGUUCAUAUAACACAAGGAGAUCAUGUGGGAAAGGCCAUGAUCGUGUCGUGGGUAACCAUGGACGAGCCCGGUUCAAACACUGUCGUUUAUUGGGCUCAAAAUAGCAAGAGAGAGUCGAAAGGUGAAGGCAUGCUUACUAAAUACUCAUACUUCGAUUAUACUUCUGGCUUCAUUCAUCAUUGCAAUCUUACUCAUUUGAAGCAUGAUACAAAAUACUACUACACGGUUGGAAUUGAUCAUACGCCAAGAACUUUCUGGUUUACAACUCCACCUGAAGUCGGACCAGACGUUCCUUACACUUUUGGCCUCAUUGGGGAUCUAGGCCAGAGUUAUGAUUCAAACCUGACACUUACACAUUAUGAAAUGAAUCCUGUGAAAGGGAAAACAUUGCUGUUUGCGGGAGACCUUUCUUACGCAGAUAACUAUCCUAAUCAUGAUAACCGAAGAUGGGAUUCAUGGGGACGGUUUAUAGAGCGAAGUGCAGCAUAUCAGCCUUGGAUAUGGACUGCAGGAAAUCAUGAACUUGAUUAUGCACCUGAAAUUGGAGAGUUUGAACCUUUCAAGCCUUAUACUCAUCGUUAUCCUGUCCCCUACAAGUCAUCUGACAGCCAUACUCCCUAUUGGUACUCCAUCAAGAGAGCUUCCGCUCACAUCAUUGUUUUAGCUUCAUAUUCAGCUUAUGGUAAAUACACACCUCAAUACAAAUGGCUUGAAAAGGAACUACCCAAGGUGAACAGAACAGAAACACCAUGGUUGAUUGUUAUGCUGCAUUCUCCAUGGUAUAAUAGCUACAACUAUCACUACAUGGAAGGUGAAUCCAUGAGAGUAAUGUUUGAGGCAUGGUUUGUAAAGUACAAAGUGGAUGUCGUCUUUGCUGGUCAUGUCCAUGCUUAUGAACGCACGGAACGUGUAUCAAAUAUUGCUUACAACAUUGUUAACGGGAUAUGCCAACCUGUAAAAGAUCAAUCUGCGCCGGUUUACAUAACUAUUGGAGAUGGCGGAAACCUCGAGGGAUUAGCAACCAACAUGACAGAGCCUCAACCCGAGUAUUCAGCUUUCAGAGAAGCUAGUUAUGGACAUGCUACAUUUGACAUCAAGAACCGAACCCAUGCCUACUACGGUUGGCACAGGAACCAAGAUGGGUACGCUGUGACAGCGGAUACAAUGUGGUUUUACAACCGAUUUUGGUAUCCUCAAAAUGAGUCUACAAGUGCCUAAAUAGUACAACUACGUACUUUUUUUUGAAUUCUUUGGGAAUUUUUAGGGAGUUAGUUCGUGUAUGUGUGUUUGUGUGUGUAAGUUAAAUAAUGAAGACAUUAUUUAGAUUUGAAGUUUCAUUGAUACAUGCCAAAUUUAUUUCUCA